AAUGAUAUUUACUGUUAUGUAAAGGUAUUACGAAUCUACACCCCCUCAGUAAUAAUAUGUAAUAUCACUCAGUAUGCCCCAAUACAGAUAAGACCCACCCUGCGAAAUACCAGACCUCCUUCGAAGACAUUUGUUUAAUAACUUAUUCCAGCCAAAUAAACCCCAAAUUGUAUACAUCUUUAAAGUGCCCCAAAACCUCCAAAACAAAAGACGUCCUGUCUUUCUCCCAAUAACCAAAGCCCCCUUUGUUUGAUAAGACCCUUUCCCAGAACAGUGUUAGCUAGAAUUGACUUGUCUUUGUCCCUUUGACACAAUGUAACCUAGCCUCAUAUUCCUUGUGUCCUCCUGUAUAAUUAUGAGAGGUUCUGGCUUUCUGAGAGGAGUUGAGUUUUGAUCACCAUUAGAUCAAGACCCUCUUUCUAGCUGGCUCUCUCUUCAUCUUGUGUUUUACAAUGUGGAAGUUCGUAUGUACUCGAUUUGAGUCUCCAAAGUUUGGAGAUAAUAAAAUACUCUGAUAUUACUCAGUAAUUACAAGUCUCUCCUUGCUGCUUCAUUGUAUAUGUACCUCUCCUAUACUGCCAAUAACUCAAUAGACCGAUCCCAACACGACAUUACCGACUGGAUCAUUCAAGAUGAGGCAGUUUGUGGAUAGGAAUGCAUUUGCCUACUCUAUGACCUCUUUGGCAGCUGUGUUGAUGAACUCCAUCUUCCGGUUCUACUAUGUACGACUCUUCACUGAUUACUACCACAUCUCUGAGACCUGGUUUCACAUGGCACAGGUGAUCUACAUGAUCUGGAAUGCUGUCAAUGAUCCAUUGUUUGCAUACUGGCAAGAUAACUCCAACAUCAAGGCGUUUCGCUCACGUCGUCAUGCCAUCUUGUAUGGAGCACCACUCUUUGUCAUCUGCUUUCUCCUGCCAUGGUUUCCUUGGAAGACCUAUGAAGCCAGUGAAUGGAUGAUUGGUGUCCAUCUCAUAGUUUCUCUUUGCUGUUAUGAUGCGUUAUUCACCUUUGUGCUUUUAUCUCACUGUGCUCUGUAUGCUGAGAUAUCCUCUCGCCAUGAGGACCGUGUAAGACUGACAAGAUAUAGCCAAGUUGCUUCCAUUGUUGGAUCAACGUCAGUUCUCUUGAGCCAAUUUGUGUCCAACGACUUGAACAACUUCCAUGCCUUCCAGCUUUGGUGUGUGUUUGUAGCCUUUCUUAGUUGGGCUGCAAUGUACUACACAGGGCGCAACGUGCGGACACGGUUUGAACUUCAGCCAACUGCUUUAGAGGGUUCAGGAAAACUGAGUAUGGAGAAUAAGUCGUUGGGUCACUCCAAGCAAGAUGGCUCUCUUUCCCUAUCAUUCAAACAAGCUAAACAGAUCAUCUGCAAUAGGAACUUCUUGAUAUUUGUAUUCAUCAACUUCUGCCAGAUAUUUCACAUGGAUUUUGGAGCCAAUUUUCUUGCCAUCUUUGUUACCCAACUCAUUCCAGAGGCUGACCUCUCUCAGUUCUUCAGGAAAGCUAUGUUUGGUACAACCUUUAUCUUUCCUCAGUUGCUGGUGCUAUUCCUGAGCAUCUUCGUCAGUCGGUAUGGUUCCUACCGGAUCAUAAUCUGGUCCUUUUACUUCAAAAUCUGUUCAGCAUUCCUCAUGUUCCUGAUUGGAGCCCAGCAUACCCAUAUCAUGGUUCUCUUCUUCGUUAUGGACAGGAGCCUUCCGGAGGCUAUAUUCUCUUUCUUCAAUCUGUGUCUCUCGGAUAUCAUUGAUGAGGAUCAACUCAAAAGCCAGAGAGCGAGUCCAUUGUCUUCCAGUGUGUUUGGCUACAAUGCCCUGUUCACCAAACCAGCUUCCUCUCUGGCCCCUAUGAUGGUGGUGAGCAUUCUCAAUAAGUAUGGUUACAAAGAACUACAGGAUGAGAAACUCUCACUCCAUGAUACAACUCAACUCAAGGGAACCAUGUUCAUACUGGCUUGUUUUAUACCAAUCAUUGUCGGAUCACUGCAGCUCAUGGUAUGGAGGAAUUAUUCCAUACGUAGUAGUCAUAUCACAGUAGCCAAGCAUGUAGAAACUUAGUUGGAUUUAUAGGGAUAUAACUGAAUCAUUAUAAGAAGAUUUACCCUUUUAAUGUUGUAUAUCUAAGGUAAUGAUAAAAGUAUAACAGAAUUUAUUUAUGAAAACCGGUAUUCAAAUUGGUAAGCUCUUUAAGAUUUGCCAUGCACAUAAUUUGAUAACAUGCA